ACGGUCUGUCUGUUUAUGUGACAGAUCCGGUAGCGAAUACAGCCGUCCGAAGAAGCGUUAUGUCAGUCUGUUCUUGUGGAGUUUUCCCGUACCGUACUGAUACUAAUGUCUCCUACAAACGCCGAUGCAAUGCAAGACGAGACUGACACCGAGCAGACCUCUGGGAACUGGUCUUGGUGGCCCUCUUGGAGACCAACAUCCAUGUCACUAUUGAAAAGUGCCGAAGCUAAAAUUCUCGCCUGUCUCCAGAAUGACGUUUGGUCCAGGUUUGUGACGUUGCCAAAUCAAAACCGAAUAUGGACCCUUAAAGUCACCGAUAAAUCAGCCCGCAAGCAUAAAGCUGAAGCCGCUCAGACGCCCCUAGUGAUGAUCCACGGCUUUGGAGGCGGCGUCGGCCUCUGGAUCCGAAACCUGGACGCUUUGAGUCAGUCUCGACCCGUCUACGCCUUCGACCUGCUGGGCUUCGGUCGCAGCUCUCGGCCCUCGUUCCCGUCUGACGCCUCGUUGGCUGAGGAGCAGUUUGUGUCUUCCAUAGAGCACUGGAGACAGUCACUGGGGCUGGAGCGCAUGAUCCUAUUGGGCCACAGCCUGGGUGGUUACCUGGCAACAUCCUACACGAUCCAACAUCCGGAAAGAGUCAGUCACCUCAUCCUGGUGGAUGCGUGGGGUUUCCCUGAACGACUUCAGCCUCAGUUACAGGGGUCAGGAGGUCAAGGGUCAGAGGUUAAAAGGGUCUCACCUCCUCGCUGGGUGAAAGCUGUGGUGUCAGUGUUCAGCUUCUUCAACCCGCUGGCCGUCAUCAGAGCGGCCGGACCCUGGGGUCCAGGGCUGGUGAACCGAUUCCGUCCCGACUUCAAGAGGAAGUUUGAGGAUCUGUUUGAUGACGACACCAUGACGCAGUAUAUUUAUCACUGUAACGCUCAGAACCCGAGUGGUGAGGUGGGCUUUAAAGCCAUGUGUGAGUCUCUCGGCUGGGCCAAGAGGCCGAUGGUUCAGCGUGUUCAUCUGCUGCCCCCGUCGAUGCCCGUCAGCAUGCUGUACGGCUCUCUGUCCUGGGUGGACUCGUCCACCGGAAACACGGUCGCUCAGAUGCGAGGCAGAAGCCCCACCAGCAUCACGCUGAUCGAAGAUGCUUCCCAUCACGUCUACGCCGACCAGCCCGAAGAGUUCAACCGAGUGGUGGAGAGUAUUUGUAAUACUGUAGACUGAAUAAGACGCGCAUCGGUUUGUAGGUGUGGGCAUUUGUAUUUUUUAAUGUGGGAUCAGAUUGAUAGAAACAUUUAAAGGCAAAGCUGUUCUCAGACCUUGUCGCUUCUAUUCUAAUUUUACUAUUUGUGGCCUUCAACGCGGAAAGGCUCUGUGAUUGUUCUGCAGGGUUUAACGGAAGCUGGCUGUGUUUGUAUAUUCGAAGCUAUAUUUUCUCCAGAUUUCUUUUCAAUCACGCACUGAGGAGGCUUCGCCGUUAAACCCGUGUCACGAAUGCAUUGACAAUGUUUGGAAAGUCAUAUUGACUAAAAGAAGAAAUGUUUAAUAAUUCAC